UGCCCGCAGCUGGAAAGCGCCUGUACAGGACCCGGUUUGCCUGCAGUGCCUCCCACAGUCAAUCAGCCUGUGGGGGAGGCACUCUGUGUGGACUGCCAUCCAGAAGGGGAGCGGAUCGCAGCGGGGACCGGCCUCGAACAGGAGACGGCGCCUUCAGGAGACCAAUGAUGGAAUGUAUAAAGAGUGAAUGUUUGGUGCCCAGUUUUGUCGGGUGGCACUGACGAGCACUUUGUGGUUCCAGCCCCCCCCGGGGGAGGUGGGGGAGGGGGAGAGCAUGGACCCCCGCCUCCGGGCAGUCAGGGCGAGCAGACCGAGUCAGAUGCAGGGACCAGCCGCUCAGCAGCUCGACAUCAGCGCGCUGCUGGGUCGCUGCCUCCGCCACGGGGCCAAGGAGUCGCUUCCCGGGGCAGGGGGCACUCGGGGCGGCUGGAGAGCCAGGGUGCUCCCUACCCCCGGGGGGUCACACAGCCGGCCCCAGGGGCACGGCCAAGCUGCUGCUGACCUGCCAACCCCCUCCGGGCGGCCGGGCCCCGGGCCAGUGCGAAGGAUCACGGUGGAUCUCCGCGCCGCCUUAGCCCGAGUGCAUGAGCCGCCUGAGGAGAUCGGGGAUCCCCCCGGUGAGGGAGAUUCCCCGCCCCCUGGGGGUCCCACACCCCCGGGGGCAGACCCCUCACCCCCAGACCCUCGAACCCCUGAGGUAGAUCCCUCUGGGUUAGAUCCUUCUCAUAGAGACGCCUCUCGGGUAGAUCCCUUUCAGGGAAAUCCCUCCCUGUUAGAUCCCUCUCGGGUAGAUCCCUCUCGGUUAGAUCCCUCUUGGGUAGAUCUCUCUCAGGUAGAUCCCUCUCAGGGAGAUCCCUCUCGGAGAAAUCCCUCUCGGGUAGAUCCCUCUCGGGUAGAUCCCUCUCGGAGAAAUCCCUGUUGGGUAGAUCCUUCUCGGAGAAAUCCCUCUCGGGUAGAUCCCUCUCGGAGAAAUCCCUGUUGGGUAGAUCCCUCUCGGGUAGAUCCCUCUCAUGGAGAUCCUUCUUGGGUAGAUCACUCUCAGGUAGAUCCCUCUCAGGGAGAUCCCUCACCCAGAUCCACUAUGACCCAGAAUAAAACCAAGCGACAGAGACAGGCAGUGCCCAGGGGAUCCCCCCAGAGCUGUGCCAAGAGAGAGGGACUGUGGAAAAUGAAGAUGUCUCUGCCAGCCUUGGUGAAUCCCCCUCCCCUGCCGGGGAGUCCACACGGCGCCGGUGCCAUCGCUGACCAUCGCGACCCCCCGGUGGGGACAUCCUUCGUCUCGUUGCCAAAGCUCCUCCGGACAGGCAGCAGUUGGAGCUCACAGAAAGAGAUCAGAUCGCCAGACCCGCAAACGAAGGGAAUGGAUCCAAGUUUCAUCAAGUCUGUUGAGGAAUCUGCCAUCCCAUUUCAUCAGCUACUACAUCAAAUGAGGAAAAGAACAUCCAGAGUGAACCAUGUGCUGAUUACUGAGGUACUGAAGAGUCUGAGGGAGGACCUGUGGUCAGUGCCCGAACAACCAGAACACAGCCACCUGAAUUAUUUUCAUGCUCAACACUUCAGAAGAGAUGCUCCGUUCCAACAAAGGGCAGAGAACAGAGCUGAAGUCAAGACAAAAUGCACAUGGCAGGCAUCUGACCAGUUCGGAAAUAAGUUGCCUGUCAGGAUCAGUUUGUUCACAAACAGGUCUCUAUAGCACCUUCAGGCUGUGGGUGAUGGUCAGAUGGUGGAAGAGAAAUCCCCGAUUAUAAAUACUCAGCGCUCAUGUUGAAACUGUAUACCUAGGCUCCCUCUGGUGGAGCAAUGGGUCCUUUCACCAUCCACUAUGGAACUGAACUUGAUGUGAGCUUGAGUACCUGUGUGACACCCAGGCAGCUUUUCACUGCACAAGAUGCCAGGGAACCCUAGUGCAUUUGAAGUCACUGGGCAUUAUGGCAAAAAAUCUGCUCUGACUGGACUCACACCUAGCAGAAAAGAAGAUGGUUCUGCUUGUUGAAUACCAAUCAGCUCAGCCCCAGAACAUUGUUGCAGGAGUUCCUCAGGAUGGUAUUUUAUCAUCAGCAACUUCAUUAAUAAAUUUCUCUCCAACCUGGAGAUGUAAGUGUGAAAAGUCACUGAUGAUUGUGCAGUGUGCAGUUCUAUUCAUAACUCAAAUGUUGAAGUAGUGUGUGCCUGCUUACAGCCAAACCUGUACAACAUAUUGACUUAGUCUGAAAAACGACAAGUGAAAUCUGCAUUACACAAGCAUCACGCAAUGACCAUCUGCAGCAAGAGAGUACAAUGGCUUCCCCUCAACAGCCAACAACAUUACCAUUGUCAGACCCCCCCCACCACCAACAUUCGUAAGCGGAAACCACCUGGACUAGCCAUCCAUGCACUGUGGCUACAAGGAUUCCUCAGAGGCUGGGAAUGUGUGUUUUCCAAAAAGAAGUGUAGAGGUCAGCGAACCAUUUGGGCUUUUAAUAAACUUGUAAUUCGAUGCUUAAAAUCAUCUUGGUUAUUUUUCUGCAUUCUCUAGCUACUUUGCAAUGUACUCUUCAAUGUAAACAGGACAAUGCCUACAGCCUCACCCAUCUCCCACUUCCCUCUUCCAGUUCUCCAUUUCUCCUGAGCUGUUGCCUAGAAGUACUUACACAACAAAUACAACCAUCUGGUCUCAUCCAUUUUAAUUCCAGAACCUUCCAUCCCUGUGCUUAUCUGGAACAAUUCUUUGUCAUGGGAGAACGUUUUCCCUCAGGCUUGGGAACGGUGAUGUUCAUUCCAGUAAUCUCUCUGCUCUAGUAUCACAGCUCCUGUUGGAUGACAAAUUUCCAGAUAUACCCGAGAUAGAGCAGCUGGGAGCAAGUAAGCCAGAAAAUGACAGAAUUCAAAUCUGACAGUUUACAAGAAAUACUGCAUUUGAAUCUGGAGACCUGUGUAAAUCAGAGCUGGUGCAGCUUAAUCUGCUU